AUUGUUUUGGCUAUUGUAACUCAAACUGAGAAGAGUUAGGACAAACUUAGAGAAAAAAAUUUAUAGCGUUAGAGCAACAUGGAUGAAAUCGGACAGGAUUUACAUCUUGAAGACGAUGAAAGGGAAUGGGAAAUAACACCAAGGGAGGAGGUGGAAGAAAUACAACGCCAAAUGGAAACAGAAGGCUUGGACUAUGUAAAAUCUUACAUCGAGUCAAAGCUAGAUGUUUGGAAGGCUCAACCUCUGAAUUGUGGUAUUACUGGUUCUUCUGGUACUGGGAAAUCCAGCUUUAUAAAUACAAUUAGAGGUCUGACUCCUCGUGAUAAGAAUGCAGCGAGUGUGGGUGUUGUUGAAUGUACAACUGAACCAACAUCUUAUCCGGACCCCAAAAAUCCAAUGUUGCAGUAUUGGGAUUUACCAGGUGUGGGAACCCCGAGAUUUCCAAAAGAUGAAACCUAUUUACGAAGGAUAAACUUUGAAAGAUAUGACUUCUUUCUGAUUGUUACGGCCACUCGUUUUUCGGAAAAUGACAUUUGGCUUGCAUCACAAAUUCGAAGGUCCGGUAAAUCUUUUUUUUUUGUGCGAAGUAAAAUUGAUCAAGAUUUAUUCAAUGAAAAACGAUGUCGUGACAACUACAGUGAAGCAGCUGUAUUAAAAGCAAUACGAAAAGAUUGUGUUGACAAGUUACAACCCGAGUUUACCAAGCCUGAUGUCUUUUUAAUAUCAAAUUUCGAUCCACAAAAGUUUGAUUUUCCGUCUUUAUGUCUAAAUUUAAUUGAUGCUCUUCCACAAUUAAAAAAAGAAGCGAUGACGCUUUCACUACAUGCAUUUUCUAGCAGGAUGGUUGUUGCGAAGAGAAAUGCCCUGCACAAAAGAAUAUGGUACGUAUCCACUGUUUCAGCUGCUGGCGCCCUUAUACCAUUUAGUGGUGUGUCGAUAGCUAUUGAUACGGCACUAAUCGUAAGAGAACUUAAAUUUUACCAGGAACAGUUGGGUAUUAGUAUAGAAACCUUAUCCAGUCUUUCCCAACAAGUCCACUCGGAAAAAGAACACAUCCUUAAGGAAGCCCGAAAGUUAAUAUCUAUUGCAACGUCCGAAAACGUAUUAAGUUUAUUUUGGACAUUUUCGAAAAGCAUGGCAGCGGAAGAGGUUGCUAGAUAUAUUUAUGGUAUAGGAACAUUGAUCUCAAGUGGAAUAUCCUUUGCAACAACUUACCGAAUGUUACAAAGUCAAUUGAAUCGUAUGGAAAAAGCAUCUGACGAAAUAAUGGCCUUGACUCUUGAAACAAUGGUAGAAGCAGAUGAACUGGACUAGACGUAAACAAAUGACAUUUUUAAGUACUGUUUGUUCGUUUGAUUUUUUUUUUUUGUUAUGUUUAAAUGUGUGUUUGUAGGGUAUUCCAGGUUUGAUUUGUAAUUAGAAGAAUUGGCAGAAAGAAAGAAAAUACCAUUUUUUAAUUAAACGAAACAUAUCGCAAUUUUAAGUUUAGGAUUUUAAAUUAUUUGUAAGGUUAAUUACAUUACAUUGCAUACCAUUAAUGUGUCCGAAAAUAACUAGCUAACAUUUCUGUUCAUUUCUUAGAAUUAUACAUUAUAAUUAUUUGUAAAUUACACUUUAGAUAUUACACAUGGCGUAUUACUUUUUUUGACAUCCGCGUAUGUUUGGACAAAGCCUUUUUUUAAUCUAUUUCCAGGACUCUUUUAUUAUUAUUAGUAUUUAGGAGGACUAGGGUUUAUAUUUAUGGCAUUUUCCAUGUUUUGUGUUAAGCAACCAGAAAAAUUGUAAUAGAUAAAGAAUAAAAUAGUAAUAUGUUAUAAUAUGUUACACAGAUAAUUUUUUUCAAAAAAGAAGAAAAUAAGGGGUGAAUAACACUGUGUCUUCUCACACAUUUGUGACAAAAAAACAAAAUUUCAUUUUCUUGGUGUUUUUUUUUUUUUUUCAAAAUCAAAAAACAACAUUGCUAGGUGACACGUGUUUUUAAAAAUACUUUUUUUCGUUACAAUGUUGCAAAGAGUUUGAACUUGACAAAACUUUAUCUGUGGAAAUGUAAUCCAGGCCAGGGAAAACGUGUUUGCUGACAAUCAAAUGUAAAAUAUUUUUUAUCACUAAAGAACGAAAAAUAAUAAGAAAUUGACCUCCAAUCAAAUGUAUCUCAAAUUUGUACCGCUUUAAAUCAUGCAUAAUUAAGUAGCUUAAUUACACUCCUCCCCCUGGCCUAAAAAAUGUUGCGUUGUACAAUUUGAUUUUUUGGAUUGGAUAUAUUUUGUGACUGAAUAUAAUGAUAUUACA